GUCAUGGCGGUGACGAGCUGAAGCUACCGGGGUAGAUCAGGAAGCAAAUGCAGCGCAGCUGGGUCAACGUUGCCAUUUAGCCAAGUGUGCGGAGUUUCCCGAGGAGGAGGAGGGGGUCACCGAGCGGACCUCAGCUCUUUGUCGGCUUUCUCUGGAGCUGCUGGCGGACUUGCUUCCAUUCAGUUUAUGAGUUUUUUUUAUUAUUAUGCCAAGCGCUACCUGUCAAGUGAGUGGACUCAGUGACAAUAGCAACUUCCACUGCUGUGCGGAGAUAUUAAAGUAUCCUCGCUUGCCGUUUGUGCACAGGAGCACGGGAGGACACAGGUAAAAGGGCGAACUCUUCUUCACCUGCUUCUCCCCUUGUUACCUGCACCACACUUUCCACGGCUUUUAACAGUGUAAAACCCUCCGUGUGGCAUCAAGUUACAGAGCAGGGCAGAGGAGUAGUUCACCGUGGAGAGGAGCACUGACAUUUCCAGCCUCGCGGUGUCAGCGGUCAUCAAAUUCUCUCGUUUUUUACCCACUUUCGAGGCUCUGUUUUUGGAUGGGAGGGAAACGUCUUGCUUAUGUGCCUAUAGACUGUCAACAACUCAGCUGAAGGGGAGAUAAACCCCCCUCCCCCUUAUUUCCCUCUUCUGACAUCGGCUCCACUGUCACCAUUGGAGGUGAACAGGUGCCUUACCUGUGAACGCCACCUGUCCCGUCCGCUUCCUUAGCAAUGGCUAGCGAGGAGACAGCGGGCGCUGCACCGCCAGGUGAAGGGAAGGACGGGCGACCUGGCGCCGUGGGGCUCAACCCCGGAGUGCCUAUCAGGGGGAUAAGAAUGAAAUUCGCCGUGCUCACCGGCCUGGUGGAAGUUGGGGAAGUUUCCAACCGAGACAUUGUGGAGACGGUGUUCAACCUGCUGGUCGGCGGCCAGUUUGACCUGGAGAUGAACUUCAUCAUCCAGGAACCGGAGAGCAUUGUGUGCAUGGUCGAGCUGUUGGACAAGUGUGAGCCCAACUGUCAGGCUGAGAUCUGGAGCAUCUUCACCGCCAUCCUCAAGAAGAGUGUCCGCAACCUGCAGGCGUGCACUGAAGUGGGGCUCAUUCAGCUUGUGCUCCAGCGUAUAUCCACCAUUGACAGCAUGAUCGCAGACCUGCUGGUGGACAUGCUGGGUGUACUUGCCAGCUACAGCAUCACAGUUAAAGAGCUGAAGCUUUUCUUCAGCAAGUUGCAAGGGGAGCGAGGCCAGUGGCCUCGUCACGCAGUGAAGCUUUUGUCAGUGCUAAAGUACAUGGCUCACAGGAGCGGCCCCGACUCCUUCUUCAGCUUUCCAGGAAAAAAUGCAGCUGCAAUAGCUCUGCCCCCCAUAGCAAAAUGGCCAUAUCAGAAUGGGUUUACAUUCCACACGUGGAUCCGCAUGGAUCCACUCAACAACAUCAAUGUAGACAAAGACAAGCCUUACCUGUACUGUUUCCGUACCAGCAAAGGCAUGGGUUACUCGGCACACUUUGUGGGCGGCUGUUUGAUAGUGACCUCAUUAAAAUCGAAGGGGAAAGGAUUCCAGCACUGUGUAAAGUAUGACUUCAAACCGCAGAAGUGGUACAUGGUGACUCUAGUUCAUAUCUACAACCGCUGGAAAAACAGUGAAAUUGCCUGCUUUGUGAACGGUGAACUGGCUUCCUUUGGAGACAUUGCCUGGUUUGUCAACACCAGUGACACAUUUGACAAGUGUUUCCUGGGAUCGUCUGAGACGGCAGAUAUCAACCGUGUGUUCUGCGGACAGAUGGGGGCAGUGUACCUGUUUGGAGAAGCUCUCAGCGCUGCUCAGAUCCUUGCUAUCUAUCAGCUGGGUCCGGGCUACCAGGGCACAUUCAAGUACAAGGCUGAGAGUGACUUGUUGUUCGCUGAGCAUCAUAAGACCUUACUGUAUGACGGCAAGCUGUCUUCUAGUAUUGCCUUCACUUACAAUCCCCGAGCCACAGACGCCCAGCUCUGCCUCGAGUCCUCCCCGAAGGACAAUGUCUCCAUUUUCGUCCACUCACCCCAUGCGCUCAUGCUGCAGGAUGUGAAAGCUGUGGUGACUCACUCAGUCCAGAGCGGCAUACACUCUAUUGGUGGUGUGCAGGUCCUCUUCCCACUGUUUGCACAGCUGGAUUACUGCCAGCCUUCCAGCAACGAGCUGGACACCUCUGUCUGCUGCACUUUGCUGUCCUUUGUGAUGGAGCUCUUGAAGAACUCAGUGGCUAUGCAAGAGCAGGUCUUGGCCUGCAAAGGCUUCCUCGUCAUUGGCUAUACUUUGGAAAAGUCUUCCAAGGUGCAUGUGACGAGGCCCGUCCUGGACAUUGUACUGGCCUUUUCCAGAUACCUUAGCAACUUGCAGAAUGGGAUCUUGCUGCUCAAGCAGCUGUGUGACCACAUUCUGUUCAACCCUGCCAUCUGGAUCCAUGCCCCUGCCAAGGUGCAGUUGACACUCUACACCUACCUGGCAACAGAGUUCAUCAGCACAGUGACCAUUUACAACGCUGUUCGCAGGGUGGGCACUGUGCUUCAAAUCAUGCAUACACUAAAAUUCUACUACUGGGUUGUCAACCCUCAGGACCGCAGUGGAAUCGUACCCAAAGGCCUAGAAGGUCCAAGGCCAAAUCAGAAGGAGAUACUCUCUUUGCGAGCUUUUCUGCUGCUGUUUGUCAAGCAGCUCAUAAUGAAGGAUCAUGGAGUGAAGGAAGAUGAGCUACAGAGUAUCCUCAGCUACCUCCUAACCAUGCAUGAGGACGACAAUCUCAUGGAUGUGCUGCAGCUGCUGGUCGCUCUCAUGUCUGAGCAUCCUGGAUCCAUGAUUCAGGCCUUUGACCAGCGGAAUGGGAUUCGUGUGAUUUAUAAGCUUUUGGCCGCCAAAAAUGAGGGAAUAAGAGUCCAAGCACUCAAAGUUUUGGGCUACUUUCUGAAACACUUGUCACCAAAGAGGAAAGCAGAGGUCAUGCUAAGUCAUGGCCUGUUCUCCCUGCUCACCGAACGCCUGAUGCUUCACUCCAGCCACUUCACCAUGACAAUGUACAAUGUGCUUUUUGAGAUUCUUACAGAGCAGAUCUGCACUCAAGUGAUCCAUAAACAGCAUCCGGACCCCGACUCCACUGUGAAGAUUCUCAACCCACAGAUUCUGAAGGUAAUAGCUGCUCUGCUGAAGAACUCUCCCCCCUCUCAAGAGAGCAUGGAGGUGCGCAGGGUCUUUCUGUCAGACAUGAUCAAACUGUUCAAUAACAGCCGAGAGAACCGCAGGAGCCUGCUGCAGUGCUCGGUGUGGCAGGAGUGGAUGCUCUCUCUGUGCUUCAUCAACCCGCAAAACAACGAGGAGCAGAAAAUCACAGAGAUGGUGUACGCCAUCUUCCGCAUCCUGCUCUACCACGCCAUCAAGUAUGAGUGGGGCGGCUGGCGAGUCUGGGUGGACACCCUGUCCAUCACGCACUCCAAGGUCACCUUUGAGCAACACAAAGAGAAUCUGUCCCGUAUGUUCCGUCAGUACCAGCAUCAAGAGUCCACCGGCACGAUUCGCUCCAUCUCUGGUGUCAGCCAAAGCUCUGAGACUAUGGAAUGUGUUAAUGGGCCACCUGCAGAGGAAACUGCUCCCUCCACUGUCAUUGAGCUGACUGUGGACAAGCUGUCCCAGAAAACCCCUGAUUCAGCAUCCAGUUCCACCAUUACUUCCAGCCUGCUGGAGGUUGAUGAUGAAAGGGGACAGGCAUCCAUCACUGUGUCCAACAUCCUGGCCGGGGCCAAAGAUGAAGAACAAGAGCAACAGCAGCUGGUGGAGGAGUCUACCAGAGAUAGCUCGUGUGUCAAAGAGGAGACGCAAAAAGGUGCUACAGAGCAGCCGAGUGAAGAUGUCAACAAAGAGAAAGCACAGACUUCUACUGGAAAAACUGCACAACAUGAAACGGCUGACACAAAAGCGGUGGACGAGGGCAAAGUCUCUGCACCAUCUGGUAGCGAUGAUGCACAGACACCUGUAACAGAUGAUGAAAAAUCUGAAAGUGAACAGAACAAAGGUGACUCGUCAAAGUCAAUGACAGAAGACUCUUUAGAUGAAGCAGAGGCUGAACCGCCAGCAGCUUCAGAGCGAGAAAACAGCGUGCUCGGUGGGGCUUCCGUCCUCAAUGAGGACCUGGCUGACGUGUCAUCUGUUAGCGACCAGGUCCAUCCUAGCGAUGCUGAUGACAGCCAAGAGGAGUCUUCUUAUGCUUCUGCUGCCACCGGAGAGGAAGGUGGGGAAGUGAAGAAGGACGAAGACGAACGAAAAGAUGGGGGUGAAGAACAGGAGCUGAAUAAGGAAGAAGAAAAAGUUGAGACACAGGAAAGUGAAGUGAAACAGGCGCCUUGUGUGGAAAGCCAGACUUCUCCAGCUGAAAUACCUGAGAAAAGUGUCACAGAAGCACCUAAAGAAAAAGCUGGCGAUGAACAGUCUUCCUCCAUAGCUGAAACUACUACUACUACAAGCCAGCAGCCCUCAGACACCACACCGCCAUCUACAGCCCAGGAGGUUACAGCGGCAUCAGACUCCACUGCAGAUGUCCAGUCAUCAGAGACCAGCGGUGCCACUGAAGAAGAAACCCCAUCUGGUGCCGCUGACAGUAGCACCACCUCUACCAGCUCCGACACUCAGAAGGGUGCAGAGUCUGUCAGCAAAACCAAAGAAAUCAAAAUUGCCAGACUGGACGUGUCCAAUGUGGCCUUAGACACCGAGAAACUUGAACUGAAGGAGACCUCUGCAACAGAAACAAGCCAAGGUCAGUCAGCAGCUGCUGCAUCAACAGCCGCAGGAAGUUCUUCAGGCCAGCCAACAGACAGCAGCACCCCUGCACCUCGCUCCACCAUGUUUCGCAUCCCAGAAUUCCGCUGGUCCCACAUGCACCAGCGUCUCCUCGCUGACCUGCUCUUCUCGAUUGAGACAGAUGUCCAGAUGUGGAGAAGUCACUCCACAAAGACGAUUCUGGACUUUGUAAACAGCAGCGAGAAUGUGGUGUUUGUCCACAACAGCAUACACCUCAUAUCCCAGGUGGUAGACAAUCUCGUCAUGGCUUGCGGAGGCAUUUUACCUCUGCUCUCAGCUGCCACAUCUUCCUCCCAUGAGCUAGAAAACAUCGAGCCCUCCCAUGGCUUGUCAGUGGAGGCUUCGGUCACCUUCUUGCAGCGCCUCAUCAACCUUGUGGAUGUUCUUAUUUUUGCCAGCUCACUCAACUUCACAGAGAUAGAAGCUGAGAAAAACAUGUCAUCAGGAGGCAUCCUCCGACAGUGCCUUCGCCUCGUUAAUGCGUGCAUGCAGAGUCCUGUUGAUGCUGUGACAGGUGGCAUGUCUCCAGUGAGAGAUUUAGACCGGCUGCUUCAGGACAUGGACAUAAACCGCCUCAGGGCUGUCGUCUUCAGAGACAUUGAGGACGGUAAGCAGGCUCAGUUUCUGGCUCUUGCCGUCGUCUACUUCAUCUCAGUCCUCAUGGUGUCCAAGUACCGUGACAUCCUGGAGCCCCACAAUGACAAGAAACACCCUCAACGCUCCCAGUCUGCAAGGAGUACAGAUAGUGCUGCUGUUUCAGGUAGCACAGAAGGAGAGAACGGCUUCUCUCUGCGCCGGUAUGAUUCCGGCAUCGGAGAUGACCACACCUCAACUGCCGCAAGCGACGCAGAUCUGUCAUCCUCCGGUGGAACUCACGGUCCCGAUGCCAUUUCAGAGGCCUUGUCCACGCUGUCAUCUGAGGUCAGACCUGCUCUGUCUGCUGACUCAAAGGGUAAAAAUGUGAAGGACAUUCUGCGCAGCCUGGUGAGCGCUCCAACUGACGAUAUCGUGGUGGAUCCAAGCCUGUUGCCGCCAGCGUUCCUGGGAAGUGUGAGCGAUGCGGCCAGAGAACCAUCGCCACAGUUCCGCUCUUUUGAUAGAAGCGUCAUCGUUGCACCAAAGAAAGCGGGCGUGAUGCCAUCUCCAGGCACUUCCACCCCCGUCCUGGCAACCGCCUCCGCCUCCGUGUCUGGUGGGACACCUAUCGAUAGCGUCUCUGUGGUAUCUUCUAGCGACGCCUCCCAGAGCACCUCUGCAGACUCUGCAGCCUCAGGCGGCCAGGUUCCAGCCAGCACUAGCCUGCCAUCUGUCCCCCCACUCUCCCCUGUGACCCAGAACACAGCCCCCAAUAUGAGUAUCUCAGAGCGUUUGGAGCAUGCCCUUGAAAAGGCAGCUCCCCUGCUGAGGGAGAUCUUUGUGGACUUUGCCCCUUUCCUCUCUCGCACUCUGCUGGGCAGCCAUGGACAAGAGCUCCUUAUUGAGGGCACCAGUCUGGUGUGCAUGAAGUCCAGCAGCUCAGUGGUGGAGCUUGUCAUGCUUCUGUGUUCCCAGGAAUGGCAGAACUCCAUCCAGAAGAAUGCCGGCUUAGCCUUUAUCGAGCUGGUAAACGAAGGCAGGCUUCUGAGUCACACCAUGAAGGACCACCUGGUUCGUGUGGCUAACGAAGCUGAAUUCAUCCUCAGCCGACAGAGGGCCGAAGACAUUCAUAAACAUGCAGAAUUUGAGUCUAGCUGUGCUCAGUACGCAGCAGACAAACGUGAUGAGGAGAAACUGUGCGACCACUUAAUCCGUGCAGCCAAGUACCGCGACCAUGUGACAGCCACACAGCUCAUCCAGAAGAUAGUCAACAUCCUGACCGACAAACAUGGAGCCUGGGGCGGCUCUUCCAUAAGCAGGCCGAGGGACUUCUGGCGCCUAGACUACUGGGAGGACGAUUUAAGACGGCGACGUCGCUGCGUCAGGAACCCCUUUGGAUCCAGUCACUCAGAAGCUACGCUCAAAGCUGUGGCUGAACAUGUGGCUGAUAUAAGUGCAUCCGAGGACGAUAUUCUCAAAGGCAAGCAGUCCAUCAGGAGCCAGGCUCUGGGAAAUCAAAACUCAGAGAGCGAGGCAUCCCUCGACGGAGAUGAUGACACUCUGUCGUCACUAGAGGACAAGGACCUGGAGAACGUCACAGGCCCAGUAAACAUGAGCACCAGCGCUCAGCUCGUGGCUCCGGCUGUGGUGGUAAAAGGCACCCUGUCCAUCACCGCCUCCGAGCUCUACUUUGAGGUGGAUGAAGAGGAGCCCAGCUUCAAGAGCAUCGAUCCAAAGAUUCUAGCCUACACAGAAGGUCUUCAUGGAAAAUGGCUGUUCUCGGAGAUUCGUGCCGUCUUUUCCAGACGCUACCUCCUGCAGAAUACUGCUUUGGAAGUCUUCAUGGCCAAUAGGACGGCAGUCAUGUUCAACUUCCCAGAUGCAGCCACAGUAAAGAAGGUGGUUCACAGUCUUCCUCGUGUUGGCGUGGGCACGAACUUUGGCCUUCCACAGACCAGACGCAUCUCUAUGGCCACACCUAAGCAGCUGUUCAAGGCUUCCAACAUGACUCAGCGCUGGCAGCGCCGUGAAAUAUCCAACUUUGAGUACCUGAUGUUUCUGAACACCAUCUCUGGCCGUACCUAUAAUGACCUAAACCAGUACCCAGUCUUUCCAUGGGUCAUCACCAACUAUGACUCAGAGGAGCUUGACCUCACUCUGCCCAGCAACUUUAGAGAUCUGUCUAAGCCCAUCGGUGCUCUUAACCCCAAGAGGGCAGCGUUCUUUUCAGAACGAUAUGAGACCUGGGAGGAUGAUCAGGUGCCGAAGUUCCAUUAUGGCACCCACUACUCCACCUCGAGCUUCACCCUGAUGUGGCUGCUACGUAUUGAACCCUUCACCACGUUCUUCCUUAACUUCCAAGGAGGAAAGUUUGACCAUGCUGACCGCACCUUCUCCUCAGUAUCCAGGGCUUGGAGGAACUGCCAGAGAGACACAUCUGAUGUUAAGGAGCUGAUCCCAGAGUUCUACUAUCUGCCUGAGAUGUUUGUUAAUGCCAGCAAUUACAACCUGGGAGUGAUGGAGGAUGGCACUGUAGUCUCUGAUGUUGAUCUGCCACCUUGGGCCAAAACCCCAGAAGAGUUUGUGCGCAUUAAUCGACUGGCACUGGAGAGCGAGUUUGUGUCCUGCCAGCUUCACCAGUGGAUCGAUUUGAUCUUCGGCUACAAGCAGCAGGGACCCGAAGCCGCCAGAGCCCUCAAUGUUUUCUAUUAUCUGACCUAUGAAGGCGCAGUCAACCUCAGCUCGAUCAACGACCCCAUGCUCAGAGAGGCUGUGGAGUCUCAGAUUAGGAGUUUUGGACAAACCCCCUGCCAGUUGCUGAUCGAGCCACACCCGCCCCGAAGCUCGGCCAUGCAAGUGUAUCUUCUCCUGCAGACGCCUCUGAUGUUUACGGAGCAGAUGCAGCAGGAUGUUAUCAUGGUACUGAAGUUCCCAUCCAACUCUCCUGUGACACACGUAGCGGCCAACACCCAGGCAGGUCUGACGUCACCUGCCAUCAUCACUGUCACCGCCAACCGCCUCUUUGCGGUCAACAAGUGGCAGGGCCUGACAGGUCAUCAGGGCUCAACGGUGCAGGACCAGCAGUACCAACUUCCUGUGGAAAUUGACCCUCUAAUAGCCAGUAACGUGGGUCUUCACCGUCGGCAGAUCGCAGAUCUGCUAGAUCAGAGCAUUCAGAUCAGCUCGCAGUGUUUUGUUAUCACGGCUGACAACCGCUUCAUCCUUCUAUGUGGUUUCUGGGACAAGAGCUUCCGGGUCUACUCCACUGACACAGGCAAACUGACCCAGAUAGUGUUUGGACAUCGGGAUGUGGUGACGUGUCUGGCACGCUCAGAGUCGUACAUCGGGGGCGACUGCUACGUCCUGUCAGGCUCGCGAGAUGCCACCCUGCUGCUGUGGUACUGGAACGGAAAGCACAGCAGCAUCGGAGAGAGCCCAGGCACAGACUUUACCACACCGAGGGCCAUCCUUACAGGCCACGACUGCGAGGUGACUUGUGCAAGUGUGUGUGCUGAGUUGGGUCUCGUCAUCAGCGGCUGCAAAGAGGGUCCUUGUCUGAUCCAUUCCAUGAAUGGGGACCUGCUGCGGACCCUGGAGGGACCAGAGCGCUGCCUCCGGCCUCGCCUCAUCCAGUCCUCCGCCGAGGGACACUGCGUUAUCUAUUAUGACAAGGGACAGUUUUGCCUCUUCAGUGUCAACGGCAAACUGCUGAGGCACAUGGAAGUGGAAGACGGCGUCAAGGCUGUGCUCCUCAGCCGUGAUGGCCAAUACCUGCUGACAGGCGGCGACGGAGGCGUAGUAUCUGUUUGGCAGGUCCACAACCUCAAACAGCUGUUCACCUAUCCGGGCUGUGACGCAGGAAUCCGCUCCAUGGCCAUGUCACAUGACCAAAGGUGCAUCAUAACCGGCAUGGCGUCCGGAAGCAUCGUCCUCUUCUACAACGACUUCAACAGGUGGCAUCACGAGUACCAGACCCGAUACUGAGGGGGAAAUCAGCAGCGACUUGACUGACAAGAGUUGAGGUGGGGGCGGGGGAAAUCCAAACUGUUGCAAGUGUGAACUCUUAUCAAAAGCACUAUUCUGUCUAUAUCCUGAUAUCCUGAAUGUAACGAAAGAAGGAAAAAACCCCAACAUGUCCUGUUAUUGCAAAAGAAUCAAACUAUUUUUAAAAAGGGCAUUGCUAUAUUUUGUAGAUCAGAUAGAAAAUUUUCAUACCAGUCUUAGGGUGGGGGUUACGUUACUUUACGGUUAAAAACAAAUCUAUUUUUAGCUGUAAGAGUCUAUUUUCUUCUCAAAAUAAGAAACGAGGGAUUUGUGGGAAGUUGGUGAGAAUCAUUUCUCUGUGACGUAAAAAUCCAAAUAUUUGUGUACUUUAGGGUGAAUGAUUUUUUUUCUGUAGGUGUGUAUGUGGUGAAUAAAUAUGAAGCUGUCAUUCAUUUUAACAUGCUUUUCCUGUUUUGGCAACACAGCACAUAGACAUAAAGUGUUUGAGUAGAUGAAGCACAGGAAGAUAUUGAAGAGGGAAUAUACAUUUAUAUAAAUAACUAUAUAUAAAAUGUUUAAAUGUAGUCCUCCAUAUUUAAAAUUUUUACUCCCUCUGUACCUCCGUACUUGCUGAGAGAUUACGUUUGCGUGCAUGGCUCACUACUCAUAAAACAUCAGUGCAACCUCUUUGCGUUAUUUAAUACUUUGAACAUCAAAAACAUAAAACUUACUCUGUAAUGUUAAAAUCUGCUUUCAGCUCCUUUUAAGAUUUAUAUCCUUUAUGACUGAGUAAGCAGUGAAUCUUGUUUUAUUUUUCCCCCGUGCUAAAAUCAAGAGCUGAGGAUUCAGCUCAAACCACCUCAGCACAGAGUCCACUUUGAGUCUAGUCUCCAAAGCAGCAGAUGAGCAGUGAAAGCUGGAGCAGCGAGGGGGAGGGACUUACCAUUUCCAUCUUUUCCUCUCUUUUCAUCACAGAAUGAGUGAUCGAUGUGAUUCAAUACUUAAAUGCUAAUCACACACAUUCUUUUGAUCUUUAGACAGUCGUCCUCUUUGAUUUUCAGGAAGCAUUCCUUUCUUUAAAGUUGCAUUUCUAAAAUGGUGUAAAUCUCCAGCAACACGGGAGCUACUUUUAUCAACCAAUCCUUUUUUUUUUCUUCCAAUCAGUUUGGAGUGUUUUUGUGUGAUGAGUUCUGACAAUAAAAUGGAAUUUUAUAA